UGGGGUCACGUGGGGCGCGCGCUCUUAAAGAGACAGACCCAGGAGUGUGGGUGGGGGAGAAAUAGAAGGGGAAAUUGGGAAUAUGGCGAGGGAGCGACGGACACGCAGCGUAGGGCGAUCUCCUGCCCGCCUCUGCCCUCAUACAGCGCCGUGACGCCGGGAUGAUAUCUUUGAUUAAGCGAUGUCACGGCAGGUGUGCAGGCAAGGAAGGUGAACCAGGCCGGCGGCUGCCCUAAGGAAGCCCUGUGCGGAAUCAGCCCGCUGGGCUCCGUGGUGGAGCCGCUUCGCACCGCAUGACGUCAUCUCGCAGCUCCGUGACGUCACUGCGCCCCCCGCAGCCACUUGUGCGCCCCCCGCCACACCCAACAUGGCGCCCAGCACGACCGGCACGGGGCUUGCGCCACACCCAAGAUGGCGGAGGCGCCACGCCCAUCCUCCCGGCGCGGCACUUCCGGCGGCUCCGCGCUCCCUUCCGGCCAUGGCGCCGAGCGUGGCGGAGCGGCUCCUGGAGCGGCUGGGCCAGGCCGCGGGCCCCGCCGGGCUCUGCAGCCUCGAGGCCGCCGCCCAGCUCGGCGUCGACCACCAGACGCUCGUGGGCGCCGUUAAAAGCCUCCAGGCGCUGGGCGAGGUGAUCGAGGCGGAGGCGCGGACGGCCACGCGGUGGGAGCUGAGUCCCGAGGGCGAGGAGGUGCUGCGGGACGGCAGCCCCGAGGUGCGGCUGUUCCGGAGCCUCCCCGAGGAGGGGCUGCCGCAGGCCGAGGCCAUGAAGCUGCCCGGGGGCUCCUUGGGCUUCAGCAAGGCCAUGGCCAACAAGUGGGUGCGCCUCGAUAAGGGAGCGGCCGGCGGGCCCCGCGUGCUCCGCGCCGUGCCCUCGGUGCAGGACACGGUGCAGCAGCACCUGGGGCAGGUGAGGGCUGGGGGGGCCCUGCCCGAGCGGGAGCGCACGGAGCUCAAGAGGAGGAAGCUGCUGCUGGAAGUGUGAGUGGGGCACCCAAAUUAACUUUAAUUAAUCCCAAACUGCUCAGCCCUGAGCGUUAAUUGGUGCUGAUUCAGCCGGGUCUGUCUCUGUCUCUGCUCUCUGCUCCUUUUGGGGGGGAAUAUCUCAAUUU